AUGAUCGAUUUGUCGAUUGUUAUUCAUAAUAAUAGGAAGCCUCUUCCAUUACAAUGUGUUAGAACAUUUACUGCACAUACAGGACCUGUACAUAUAGCAAAAUAUAAUUCGACUGGUGAAUAUGUGCUUAGCGCUGGGCAAGAUAAAUUAAUACGUCUGUGGAAUCCUGAAACAGGACUAAAUAUAAAAACCUAUUCAGGACACGGAAAAGAAAUUUUGGAUAUUAGUAUAACUAGUGAUCAUACACGUUUUGUAUCGUGUGGUGGUGAUCAACAAGUAUUUUAUUGGGAUGUUUCAACUGGUAGAACUAUUUCACGUUUUGAUGGACAUUCCCAGCGAAUCAAUUCAGUUGAUUUCAAUUUUGAUGGAAGUGUGAUAGCUAGUGAUCAUUUGAUACAACUAUACAAUUAUGGGAUUGCAACAAGAUCACGAUCACCAAUUCAAAUAUUAAGUGAAGCUAAAGAUAGUAUUACAUCACUACUAGUUAAAGAUUAUGAGAUUGUAGCAGGAAGCACUGAUGGUAACAUUAUGAUUUAUGAUCUUCGUAUGGGAGCUUUAUUAACUGAUUAUAUUUCACACCCUGUAACAUCAGUUACUUUAUCAAGUGAUAAUAAUUAUAUACUUGCUAGCUCUUUAGAUAGUGUCAUAAGAUUAAUGGAUAAGGAGGAUGGUCACAAGAAUUCAACUUACAAGAUUCAUUCAUGUUUAUCAAAUGAUGAUUCUCGAAUUAUCAGUGGAUCUGAAGAUGGAUCUAUUUAUAUUUGGGAUUUGUUAGAUGGGAAUCUAUUAAAAACAAUUGAAGCACAUUCGGGUAUAGUAACUUAUGUAACAUAUCAUCCUAGAAUAGAUGGGAUGCUAUCAUCUAGUAUAGACGGAUUAGUUAAAGUAUGGAAACCUUGA